GCACGCGGAAAAGGCGCGUGCGCCCCGCCUACGCACGUCGGCCAUUACCACCCUGCACAAAACAAAAAUUAAAAAUUUGAAAAUUUGGGGGGGGGGGGGNUUCAUGACUUCAGUCCCUGGCUCAACAUGUGUAACACAUCGAAGAGGAGAGGGGAAAGGGGAAAGAGGAAACCACGGAAGGGACGACGGGAGCGCAAGAAAUCCAGGGGUGCGGCUACUAGUAUUCAGAGGGCAGUGACAUUCACGACGGGAGAGAAGGGGGGAGAACGGUCGGAGACAUCGCUACUCGAGUGGCUAGAGAGGGAAUGGAAGAUUAACAAGAAGAAGGAGAGGACACUCACGUUCGGGGCGGGACAACUAUGGAUCAAUGGAUGGCGGAAGAUAAAACGGAACUUCUGGCUAACCAAAGUGAGGUGGAAAGGACACGUGCUAAAACUGGAGGCAACGAGGAGAAUCCUGGAGAGUGGGGCAACAGUUACAUUACAGGGCAUCGCACGAACCACUACGGCAACAGCUAGAAACCUUCAGGAGUUACGAUGGCUGCUGCGAAAACCGCGGAUGAAGGCGAGUUUGGCACAGCGCACCACACACCAGCUGGUCGGUCUCUAUAGGGCAGCGGGCCUACUCGGAGAGAAGAAGACGAAGAACGAUCUGAGACUGAGCAUUAACAAAGCGAUUCGGAUCAAGACGGGGAUUGGAGUGAGGAAACGGGUUACGAUCAAGGUGAAGUACGACAGCACAAUGUUGAAGCAGCGGAUAAGAACGACAACGGAAAUGGUGGUGGACAAGAGGGUCGAGGACGCGACAAUCGCGAGUUUGAUAAAAAGGAAGAUUCGGGUCGUAAAAGUCUCUAGGAGAGGGAGGAUAUGCACGCUCAGUAGGACGAAGCGGAAGGAAGAAGGCUAUGUUAGGAUGGACUUUGAGACCAUCUACAAAAUGGUGGACUACGAUCUAGAGCAUGCGUAUGUGAUAUGCGGGGAGAUGAUCAAGAGACAGACCUCGGGAAUUCCGAUGGGCAAGUCUCUGAGCCCAGUUCUGGCCACCAUCACAUGCGUGAUAGCGGAGAUGAAGUUCAUCACGAGUCUGGGAACGGAUAGCCGGCUGGUGAGGGGCUGGCGCAUUAUUGAUGAUAUAACCGUAAUUGUGGGGACGAUGAGCAAUGAGCAGAUAAAGGGGAGAGCCGGGGAGAUUUUCGAGAAAUUUGAACAGAGCUAUGACAGUAAUCUGCAGCUGGAAAGGAAGGACAAUCAACGGGAUUGGUGGCGUUUUCUGGGAGGGAAAUUCUUCAUUAUCCAUCAGCCACUGCGUCUGGCGUUCGUACCAGAAACCAAGAACGUCGAUAGUUUGAGAGAGGACAAAAGGAUCAAGUACAAGUCGAUGCAAGACUUCAGCUCCUACUCGGAGAAGAAAGCAAAGAAGGCUACUUUAUCCGCCACUCUGAAGAGGUUGUGGGACUCAUCCACGUGUAAAGUCCUGGUGAUAAGCUCGCUAGCAUAUGCCGUCCACGAGGCAAACCUCCGGGGAUACACCCCGGAGGUCUCUCUGGGUGCUCUGGCCAAGUUGGCCAAAGCUACGGGGGACACAACGGAGGAGAUUCGCCUCCAGUUAGAAACGAAUCUGAACGAGAAGUGGAGACAACAAACGGCGCAGGCGGAACAAGCAGCGCAGAAGGCCGCGCAUCAGGCAAUACAGCAAGCAGCACAGCUGGCGGCACAACAAGCGGCGGAGCUAGCGGUACGGCAAGCCACAGAGCGCGCAGCACAGGCUGCGGAAAACCUGAGACGUACGAGUGGCUUCGAACUUAAUGGGGAUGGGCGACGUGAUCCGAACCGGAGUACACGAGGCAAGAAAACGACAACGGUAGAGAAUGAGGAUACGAACAUGGAGGGGAGCGACACCUCAGACUCGCAGCUCUCGGACACUGACGAAUCCGAUGAGGAUUUAAAGAAGAUUAUUAUAAAACUACGGAAGGCGAGGAAGGCGAAGAAGAAUCAACGGAAGGAGAAGGGCAAGGGACCAGCAGCACCUCUGAAGCAGCAGGCUUGUAAAACAACAACGGAGAAAGGCGAAUCUUCUAGGGGGAAGAGAUACGUACCGUGUGAUGAUGACCUGAGAUGUGCGAAUGACAUCGGAGCAGGAUUUGGAACGAAUGACAUCGAAGUAGGAUUUGGAACGGAGACGGGAGGAUUAAGGGACUACAACACACCUCGAAGACUUGCGGGUAUGCGUUUCGGCAUGGGGAGGACGGAGGAAGAUUGGAAUGUAUGUGACGAACCACGUACGCCACAGAAGGUCUUCUCGACAAAGAAGGCGCCUGCACUCCGCAAGAUCUGCCAGAAGAAGGGAAUCAAGUACACUAAAAAACCGGAGGUGAUAGAUCUACUGGCGCGGGAGCAGGUGAUGACGACCUAUGAUGGUUUCAAUGAGGGGGACCGAAGUACAGCGGGACAAUCGACCAUUCGUCUCGGAGAGACGACACCAGCAACCACAGGUGGAGAACGACCAGGUAGCAGAGAUCGCACACCAAGAUCGGCACCAUCGAGACUGAACAGCGACAUCUCCACGGAGGGGGAGAGGCGGGAAUCUAGUUGACUACCUGUUCCCCCGACGAACGUUGUGCUGUGGGAGCAUCUGAAGACUUACAUGGCACAGCGAACCAC